AAAAAAAAAAAAUUAGCUUUACUUUAUUUUCUUUUCUUUUUUUUGCAUAAAACUAACUUUAUUUUCUUUCGUUAAAAUAACCGAUGAAUGGAGACAAAACCAUGUUUUCUUCAACUUCUUAAUUAAGUCUCACCUCACCAACCCUCUCUCUCUCUCUUUCUACACUUGUGAGUCGGUGGUGGAGAUGUUUUCGUCGGGUCUUCGAGUUCUAGUGGUUGAUGAUGACCCGACUUGUCUUGCAAUCUUAGAGAGGAUGCUCAGGGCUUGUAGUUACGAAGUAACGAAAUGCAACAGAGCAGAGAUGGCAUUGUCUCUGCUCCGGAAGAACAAACAUGGAUUCGAUAUAGUCAUCAGCGACGUUCACAUGCCUGACAUGGACGGCUUCAAGCUCCUUGAACACGUCGGUCUUGAGAUGGACUUGCCUGUUAUCAUGAUGUCUGCGGAUAAUUCAAAGAGAGUGUGGUUCUAAAGGGAGUAACGCACGGUGCGGUUGAUUAUCUUAUCAAACCUGUGCGCAUAGAGGCACUUCAGAACAUAUGGCAGCACGUGGUUCGGAAGAGGAGGAGCGUACCUGAACAUUCUGACGGGGAAGAUGCAGCGGAUGACAACUCUUCCUCUGUUAAUGGAGGGAAGAAGUGGAGGAGCAUGUUAUGAACAAAAACUCUAGAUUGCUCGAUAAGAACACACGCAGUAGUAUCUGGUGAUUCUCUCCACAAUACAAUGUAUCUGUCACACUUUUAAGCGAAUCAAUCAAUAAACUCUCUUCAAGUUCUGACCAUGGAAGACUCUCUUUCUUUUCAAGUCUUUGUUUCUUUCAUAUCUGCUCUCUGUCUCUUCUUCAUUCUUCUUAUCUUUACUCUUUUUAAACCCUAAUAAGUUAAUAACACACAUAUAUAUCAAUGUAUUUUGAUUUUAUAUACUCUACCAUAUCUCAUGGAAGAUGGGAGGGGACAUAUUCGCCAUUUUGAA